GAUUCUCAAAGAUGGAGGCGGCUGCUUCGUCCUCCCGCGGUACUGCAGCUCUCGUUACCGAGCCUCAGUUUACUCAGCUUUUCAGGAAACUCUUGAGGAAAGAAGGGAUCUUGAACUGCCUUUAUCGAGUGCAAAAACUUCCCGAUGGAACCACGGCAUUGCCUAUACUGGGCCAAAGCUUCACAGCCCAGCACCUACAGCAGCUGAAGGAGAGCAUCCCACAUGGAAAGGCCUGUGCUCUAACAUGGAUCCAUAAUCCUAUUCCUUCAAAAGCAGCUAUGGUACGUUCACCUGUUCAGAAAUUACACAGUGAGCUACAACAUCUGAUGUUAAUCCAUGGUGCUGCUUGGUCAGAAGAGUUAGAGAAAGAUCUGCCACGGUCCUGGCAGAGGCAUGGGGACCUUGUUCUUCUAAGUGAGGAUUGCUUUAUAGCAAUGCAGUGGAGAGAAUUGGGCCAAGAACUUUGGCAGGUGGUUGCUGAUGCUUUGGGGGCCCGGCGUUUAGCCAAACGUGGGCGAGUGCAGUCCGAUUUGUUUAGAUCUCCUGCUGUGACCCUAUUGCUAGGUCAGGAUGGCUGGGUUGAACAGGUGGACAAUGGAAUCAGAUACAGGUUUGAUGUGACCCAGUGCAUGCUGUCUCCAGGAAACAUCACUGAGAAGCUGCGGAUAGCCUCUAUGUUAUGCACGGGAGAAGUUGUGGUGGAUCUUUAUGCUGGGAUUGGCUAUUUCACUCUGCCUUACUUAAUUCAUGCUGGGGCUGCCUUUGUCCAUGCUUGUGAGUGGAACCCCCAUGCCGUGGAAGCUCUGCGGAGAAACCUGCAACUGAACGGCGUCCAGGAUCGGUGCUGCAUUCACCAAGGGGAUAACAGAAAGGUGGAACUAUGGGGUGUGGCUGACAGAGUGAACCUGGGGCUGAUCCCGACGUCAGAGGAAGGCUGGCCAGUCGCUUGCCGGGUCUUGAGAAAGGAUGUGGGAGGGGUCCUUCAUAUCCACCAGAACGUGGAGACCUUUCCAGCAAAGGCACUUGAACCAUCCCACCGACUGGAGCAGAAUCAGUCCCUUGAGCAGUGUCUCAUCCAAGCAGCAUCACGUGGCCAAGAAGAUCAAGUGGUUCUGGAGGACCAUGAUGUUCUGCAGAAUACUGGGCAGUCGUUCACCGUUUCAGCCAAACAAGAGUGGUGGCGCUGGGCAGAAGUCACAGCAAUGCAGAUCCUGAUUUUGCUUCAGGACCUGGACAGGAAACUGUGGAAAACCCAAAUCUUGCACCUUGAACACGUGAAAUCUUAUGCCCCUCAUGUAGACCAUCUAGUCUUGGAUCUAGAUUGCCGGCCCCUUGAGUAGCGCACCGGGAAGGUCUUUUCUCUGGCUCAGGGAAUUUUGGAAGAAAACAGGGUGUGGGUGUCACAUUCUGCAUCUUCUUCUUGAGGCUGCUUCCCACAAAAUCACUUUUUGAAAGCCUGAAUGUUGCCGGCUGGAAGUGUCACGUAAUCUUGGGAUUUUGUGAGUGCAGUUAGAUAGCUUAAAACUGGAAUGAAUCCUUGAACCCUGGAAGGGGCUGAACAUGGGUAGUCAGUAGAAAUGAUUUGGGCAGCUAGUUGAUGCAUGCUGGGGGCAACAAAAUAAGUAAGUAAAUCCUUCAGGCCUUUUGCCUGAGCUAUACUAUUUGCUGGAGAUUCUGCAUCAAAGAACUCUAUUAUAGCCAUAAGGUCAGAAAAGGAGAUUCUGCAUAAUUUCAGAUAAUUGUGUGUUUUCUAGCCAUCGCUGAAAAAAGCAAGUUUUGAAAAUGGGAUUCAUUGUUCCACUAAGCCAUGGUCCUACUCCAUAUCUCCCAGCAGAAGUCGCUAGGGCUGCAUUUUUAGGUAUGCUUGCCUAGUGAAAAAUUCUUUGGAUCCAACAAUCCUUGCCUCUGAAUUAACAUAAACUUCAGUUCUGUUUACCUCUGGGUAUGUAGCUUGUGAAUGUCUGAUUAUACUCUACCAGCAUUAUGAGACCUUGGGCACAGGUAAGGCUUCCAUAUCUGGGCUGUGAAAAUCCAAAUGAACUUUUAAUGGCAGCCAAAAA